AUGCCUUCCAAGACGAGGAAGAAGGAAAAGCAGAGAGCAAAACAGACCCAGAAGCAAGAUGGAAUGAAACACCUUCAACAGCAAGAAAGUACCCCAACUUCUCCUACCCCCUUCCCCCCCUCCUCCCCAGCAACGCAGCCAGUCAACCACACACAAAUGGAUCAUCGCCGGGUUCACACCACCCUACUUCAAAUCAAGAAACUCUUCACCAACAGCACAGACACAACCCAAGCCCUCCUCUCCUUCCUCAACUCCCUCGUCCGCUUCCCCGACACCCUCCCCUGCUGCCACGGCGGCGAGCACAGCAGCAAUUACCGGCAUAUCUGGCCCCACAGUCCACUAGAGGACUUGCGUGCAGAAGGCGAAGAAGUCCAGUACUGGAUCCGCUACCUCGACUUGAUCAAGCAGUGGGAGUUGAGAAGGCAGGAGGCACAGUCGUGGAUGAAGUACUAUGAUUCGAUCUUGGGGAGAAUGAUGGAGAUGCAGAGGGGGGAAGCGGUGGUGGAUAGGCGGGUGCAAGAGGAGGAGCGGAAGCGGGAGCUUGAAGAACGUCGCUGCCAGUCGACGAUUGACCAGCUUCUUGUGAUAGAUGCUGAAGCCCGAAAGCUCUCAAAAAAGUGUAUCAAGGGAUCUGAGGGCACACAGCCGCACAACGAAGCGCAGAACCUCGUAAGGAAGCCUGACGUCAGGCUCAGCCUCGACAUCUGCCGCUACUUGUUUAAGCAACUGGUUCCUCCCGAUCUCGAUGAGGAGGAACACGAAAUGUCAGCUGAACCUUGCCGGCUGACCUUCAAUCAGAUCAUCAUGACCAACGCCGACGCCAGGCAAUUAAUAAGGACUGCAUCGACGGGAUCGAAGGCCCUGCGGGUGGGUUGGACCGAGAAAGGUGCGGUUGAGGAUGGUGUGGGUGAGGAUGAGGAUGAAGACCACCAGGCCACCAGUUACGACUGGAUGAAGGACCUGAUGUCAGCGGACAAAAUCGAAGGUGAGGAUGGAGAGAUUCCUGUGGGGCUCUCCGAGUAUUGGAGGUAUUCCAAGGCUUAUCUUCAUCUUUACCUUGUGAUAUCAAGGAUAUCAUCACUGCGGGCCUGA